UUGUCCCUGCCAAUUUCGAAUCAGAAGCUACCAAUGCUUUACGAAUUCUACAGGAAGCUAUCAAAUACCCGUAUGUAACACCACGUGUACUUAAUACACCUGCUACGUGUACCCAAAGUCAUUCCUUCUGCGUUAUUUUCCCACUACAGCAUGGCGACCCGAGAAAUACUCAUCCAGAUAUGCCUGGUCAUUACCUUUAUACACUGCGUCGAUAGCCAAGCGUUUUCAUCAAUCAGAAAUCUGGAAAUUAUUUACGCCGAGGAAGGCAAAUUGUUGGAAGCUUUAAGAGACUUCGUGAACAGGUCGACAAAGGAAGGACUGUCUGUGGCUGACAACAUCACCAGCUUUUUGAAUAAUGUAGAAGAAUCAAGAUCUCAUGUUCAAGAUGUAGAGCAGUGGAUGGGAACCCCUAUUAAUGCCCUGAAUUUCGUUUGUCGGGUUGUGACGAGAUGGGAAAAGACAAUGGCGUCCCUGGGAUGUGAUGCAUAUCGGGAAACAGAGGCUUUUCAAGAUCUGACCCGUGUUUGGACGGCAGCUAAGAAAAAUACAAAUUAUUGGCCUACAUUAUUAGACAAACAACAAAUCUAUAAAAGUAUUUUGAGACUUUGGAAGAUGUACGAUCUUAAUCACGUGGAUAUUCUGAGUGGGAAAAUAGGGAAAUCACAGACAGAGCCAUUGUCAUCUUCCCAAGUAAUAGAAAUGGUGAAAUAUUCGAAAUACGGCAACAUGGUGUACAAUGGCGUUGUGUUGAUCCAGGCGCUACACGACCGACGAAUGAAUACUAAACUCGAUAUAGACAAUAGUGUUUCGGAACAAGAGCUAGACAUUGAACUCGCCUCGGCAUACGCAGAUUAUAGGUACCCCGAAAAAGUCAUCGACAUAAUGAGUAAAUAUGAAGAUUCCGAUGAAAGACUGGUACAGCUGCGGUACAAUAACCUAGUAAGAAGGGCGUAUGAACUCCCCGUUCGACACCGACGGAACGAAGUGACGCCACCAAAAAGGAAUUGGGCAAAGGAUAGGAUACAGCACAAGCUUCUCUGUAACGGAGACAUGAGGCGGGCUGUAGAAUCGCCCUCAAUGAAGUGCCUAUAUAGGAACACCAGGAUGAAAUAUUACACAGUGAAAGAGGAGAUCGUCCACGAAAACCCACGAAUAUCCAUAUUCUACGACCUUAUAUCAGAACAGGAGAUAUGGCAGUUACGUAACUUGGCCGAUAACCAGAUGAAGCAGUCAGUAUCGUCUGAGGAAGACAGGAACUGGGCCAAACACCGAGUCAGCCAAUCAGCUUGGAAGGCUGGUUCUGAAGACAGCUUACUGGCUAAAUUAAAUCGAAGAAUACAUUUAACUACUGGAUUCAAAACCGGGCAUGGUGACGCGAGCUCACAGAUGGAUCAAUAUGAGAUCACAAACUAUGGAGUGGGCGGGAUGUAUGAGAGCCAUUUCGAUUGUAGGUCAAAGUCAACAUGGGUCAAUAUUGAACAGGUUCCAGAAACAUAUAGGAAGCAAGUCAACACAGAGACGGAUAGAAUGGCUACGUGGAUGUUUUAUCUUAGUUCUGUCGAAGAAGGAGGCGCAACUGUUUUUCCGAGACUUGGAGUCCGAGUGCCAGUGACAAAGGGUGUGGCGUUGUUCUGGUCUAACAUGGAUAAAACGGGGUCUGUUGAUGAAAGACUGCUUAAUGCUGAGUGUCCAGUUAUUCACGGAUCAAAGUGGACCGCGAAGAAAUGGAUUAGUUAUGAAGAAAACUUCCCUGCCUCCAGCAGAACUUCAUGAAAGGCAGUCUACAACGUAUCAUACUAAGGCUAAUUUCAUUGAACACAUCUUUCAUCAAAUUAAGAAUGAUUCACAUCACAAUUUGUUUUUUCAAACACGGACAAUAAUGAAAUAAACAGUGUUGAUAAAUAUAUCGAGAA